UAUAAAUCAUAACUUAUAUCUUCUAAGCACGCGGACGAAGUCGCGGGCUACAGUUAGUGUACAAUAUGGACACAUGCAGACUGAUAUGUCAUAAUUCAUAGUCUUUGAUAAAUUCCCCAAAGGAGCUAACCACCAUAAUAUUUUUAAGUAACAGUGGGACAAAGUGAUCAAGAUGUACACAAAAAGUUUAAAAGUAACGUCUUAUAAGAAAUGAAAUCAUCUCACCAAAGGAAUGUUGGUAAGCGUGGGAAGUCAUAUAUGAAGAGUACGUUGUUAAAUUAAUUGAACUCUUCGUGUAAUGGCGCGUCUUCUCGUAUCAUUCGACGGCCUUGCUCCUUACUGUGAUAUACGGCAGCAUAAAGCAUGCUUUACUUCGAGAUUAAGAUCAAAAAGGUUAAAUGCGUAAAUUUCAAAUUAUAAACACUGUAUUUUUUUUUGUUGAUAGCAAUAAAAAGAUUUUUUGAAUUUUAUACAAGAAAAUACACUAAAAAUGAUCUCCGGUCUGUCGUUGAUUAAUAAUUUCAGUUUAUUAUGUGCUUCUAUGGAACAAUAAACGUAAAUUGUUCUUAAAUAUUGCAAUAAUUGAAAAAUUCGACCCAUGCGAGUUUGACCUAUUCCAGUAGACAUGAAAAUGUGUGCAAUUUACAUAAGGACAUGAAAUAAUAGGUGCGACAAGUGAAUUUUGUCGGCAGGUAGGGGCUACAGUUAUAAUGGUUGUAGCGCCCAAACUAACCGUCCUCGUAGCGCGUGCGCCGGCGGGCGGAUGCGCGCGACUCAGUCCAUGAGUAGCUUUAGCUGCGUACGCGCACCGAACGGACUCUUGCCGCGCUUUACGAACUCAUAGGAUUAUGUUGACUCGUCGCGUACUCGAUAUCGUCCACAAACAUUUUACAGUUUUAAUUUAAACUGUGCUACCAACGACUGUUUAAGGCUGAUUGUUUUAUAUAAAUUGUAUGAUAUAUACAGUGUUUUUCAUAAAUAGUUAUGUUAUAUUGCGGAAAACAUGUGUGACUCGUGUGAAGGUGCGCAAGAGUGAAUUCAGCAACGGUGGCGGUGGUCGGCGUGUACAAUGAGUGCGCCGCUGAAUUGGCACAAAUGGCUAGUGUUGUCGCUGCUCGGAUUGGCUUUGUCCGCUCGGACAAUUGGCUGCGAUUACAGUUCCAUCACCGAGAAAUUUGGAGCGGAAGCCGUAGCUCGAUGCAAUGAAAAAUGCCCGUUCCAGAAUCGCACCGGCGACGGUCACUUCGAUGUAAGUUGUGGGUCAGAUUGCAGCGUGCAACAGUGCAAACUGGGGUGUAGCUUAUGGCAAGAAGGAUUGGAAAAUUCAUGUCAAAUCGUUUGCAAUGUUACAUCGGAAACUGUUUUUUCACGGGAACUCUACUGUGUUAUGGGAUGCAAUGAGGCUUUGAAUACUUACUUUCAAAAGUUACGGGUAUUGAUCGGGACCCCAACUGCACCCGCCUUAGUAGCUGAUAGCCUGACCGCUACCUCACUGUCGUUAGUAUGGGAGGCGCCUAAUUUAGGCAACCUGAGCUACAUGGUGCAGUGGCGUUACGAAGAAUUACCGGGCACAUGGCAAUAUUACUCUAACACUAGUCAUUCGGACCAGUCAAUUAUUCACGUCGAUGGUUUACGGCCUUACACUAAAUAUAGGUUUCGAGUGGCAAUAUUCCUAUCGGGCCGCGGCGGUACGGGGGAGCCUGUGUACUCAGCGCCGUCAGUCGUGAUAUCGACAUUAGAGGAUGGGGAGCCAAGUUCAGCACCAUCAUCCCUCCGCGCUGCAGCUCCGGAUCCAAGCCGAGUGGCUAUCUCCUGGGAACCGGGACCAUUUCCUAAUGGACCUCUUAUAUCUUACGUACUGCGACUUACAAGCACACAACGUAACACGAACGAUGCGCUUGAGGACAUGCUGGCAUCGAACAACACUUUUUUCUACAUGUUCCAAAACUUGGCGCCGGCUUGUGAGUAUAACGUGUCAGUAGCCAUGCGCAAUGCGAUUGGGGAAGGACCAAGAGCAUACGUUGGAAUAUCCACACCUCCUUUACCUACCUCUGUUCCUAGUCAGCAGCCCAUUUUAAUAUUAGGUGGAGAACAAAAUGUUCUAGCUGCUCCCGCUAAUGAUCUGUUAUUUGAUCCUGUGGAGUUAUAUAGUACUGAACUUUCUAUCUCAGGUGUUGGCUUGGAUAUCUCAAGUGAUUCUCUUUUCAUAUCAGUAUCAAAUGGCUACGUAUACCGUAGCUCCCUUUCCAAAAAGAGUACAUCUGAACCGAUAUUGAAGGCCGAAAACAUAUCUUACAAACCGCAAGACCUGUCAGUGGAUUGGUUGAACAGACAUUUGUAUGUACUCGGUGAAGUUAAUUAUACUAAAGAGGGAUCGGCAAACAUGACGUUUUCCUCCUAUUGGGAAAUUAUAAGAUGUGACUUCGAUGGGAAGAAUCAAAUUGUUGCUUUAUCGGGCUUUAAUUCUCGGCCGAUUCAUUUUGAGGUGGAUGCUUAUAACGGGUAUUUGUUCUGGGCACAACAAGGGGGCGACCUAGGCGGAGGCCUAUACAGACUUGAUCUAGCAAAUAUAUCGAACGGUGUUCGUCACGAUGCUCCGCCAGAAAUUAUAGUUAAAGAUGCUCAUUUAGGAGCUUUUACUGUAGACCAUGCAGAUUUUAGAAUACUCGUGGCACAUCUUAAAAGGAAUACAGUUUUAGCUGUGUCUCUAGAUGGACGAGAAGUUGCCGAUUUUCGUAAGAAUACACAAACUCCGAUGUUUUUAUCCACGCGAUCCAUAGCUUACGCAAACGGUCUUUUCUAUUGGACGAAUGGCAAAGAAAUGUUGACGGAGGAGUACCACAAACAGACCGACAGCUACUUCCACAACGAAUAUCCUUUAGCCUACAACACCAAGACUAUUGCAACGCGUCAGGUGUUGGUCGCUUUACGGAGUUGUCAGCCAAUACCAGUGCCCGUGAAUCCACCUUUAGGCCUGCAGAGUGUUAUGGGGAUCAAUCGUGCAAAGGUGUCAUGGUCACCACCUCACCUCUUGGGACAUCAGGGAAGUGGCGCGUGGCAGCAGUGGACUUACCAUCUUCAACUAACGCACGUUGGUACUGGUGACGUUAUUGAUAUAAAAAACAUAAACGAAUCCAUUUGCAUUGUGGAAAAUUUAAAGCAAGACGCCGAAUAUGUGAUACGAGUUGCUGCAGUCACUGAAUCUGGCUCAGGUCCUUGGUCUUCUGAAUUCGUGGGAAAAACUCUGGCAUCUUCGCCAAACACGCUACACAGUACUUUGUUAUGGUCUGGACCCGACGGACUUUUACAAACUGAUUUGACCGGAGACAAUCUACAAAUUCUAAUUCACAGAGCUCAUUUAAAAAACUUUCACAUCACCGAUAUUUCUUGGUAUCGUGACAAACUUUACUUGGUCACAAAUGCUUCAACCGUAAUGUGGUAUAACACGACAUCCCACGAAAAAGGUUUUAUGCCGAAUAUGGACAAUGUCGGGAGUUUAGCCGUAGAUUGGGUCGGCAAGAAAAUUUACUGGUCGAAUCCAAAACAACAAUUGAUCACUCGAGGCAAUUUAGACGGAGGUAAUCGAGAGCCAGUACCAAUUGUGACUGUGGCUAAAGAACUUACAAUAGACUCGUUAGGCGCCUACAUAUACUGGAAUACAGGGCACGCGGUGGAGGCGGCCAGACUAAACGGCGAGAAUAAAAUGAUAUAUUAUCCAGCGCAGUUGUUUAGCGGCAAACAAGUAAUGGGGCUUACGGCGGAUUUAGAGAAGAAAUGGCUCUAUUGGUUAGUUCGAAGUUACGAUGGUUCAGAACUUCAUCGUGCUCCUACAGCAGACCAAAUAUCCCAUGGAAUUAGUGAGGUAUCCGGAUCGUUAGUGACCAGGUUAUCAGGAACUGCAACCCUUGGACCAUUAUGCUACUUCAGUGGGCGACUUGUGUGGGUACAGGAUGCAUCCAGGGCAGUCGUUUCAGAUCUAGCCGGUCGAUAUACUGCGGAACUGGUACCAAGAGUCCAUGUAAUUGCUGUCCGGGAUCCUACACUACAUGCUCAUAGUGAGUCUUUAAUAGCCAUCCCAGAGACCAUAAAUUCUUCAUCAAUCAAAGUGGUCGGUGAAUGGGACAAGUUUAACGUGACGUGGGACCCCGCCACGCGGGUCAACGUCAAUCAUAGCAAAGUUUAUUACGAUGUCAACUUGCACUUCCCUGGGCAGUACAAAAUUGAGCGAACAGUAGAAGUAUCCUGGGUAGAGGUGGAAUCAGUGUCAGUGGACCCGUACUCCAGUAUGGAGGCCACAGUCCGCGCUCACACGCACUGGGGCGGCGGGGCGGCGGCGCGCGCCAGCCUGCACUCGCCUCAAGCGCCGCCCUCCGCGCCCAGGGCACCGAGGAUAUAUGUGCAACCUGCACAAAGUGGUGGUCCAUUAUCAGCGAUAUUCCGUUGGGGCAGUCCAGCGCGGGCUAACGGCGUGAUCAACGGCUAUGAGGCUAUCUGCUGGGUGACCGGAACUAACUCCUCAUCACCAACCAAGCCUUCAGCCUGCGCUGACGCUCACCUCCUACCCUCACAUACGCAACUCAUGCUGAGGGAUUUGACGCCAGCGAGUAAAUACUCCUUUCAGGUGCGAGCUUACACUGAUGCAGGUUAUGGACAAUAUUCCGAAGUAGUAUCAACUUCGUCAGACGAUGUGAACCCAAUUCCAAAAGUAAUGGUCUCCUCGCAAGAAUCGAUUAAAAUAAUCGAUUUGGACUCUGGCGAGAGUGUAACGAUUCCCAAAAGUACUGGAAUACCUGUUGAUUUUGCCGUGUCCAUUGAAGAAAACAUUGUUUACUGGGUUAAUAACUUGGAAGAAAUAUUUUCGUCCAGAAUUAACAGCAGUGGACAUUUCAAGCUAACGUCUAUUAAUGGUUCUGCAAGCAGUAUGUGCGUAGAUUGGGUCAGUAGGUCCGUUUAUUGGACUCAGCUGGAAAUAACGUCGAUUGAGUCUUACGUCACGUAUCGAGCGGAUCUUGGGAUGCCGAAUACUCGGCCACACUUCACGAGGGUGAUGGCAAGGAAACAACCUGUUUACAGCCUUCAAAUAGCACCACUACACCGGUCUUUGUUUUGGUACGAGGAAAGUGGGUAUCCAGGUUUAGGCACAAUAAUGACGUCAUAUCUAAACGGCUCCGAUGUCAGAACGUUCUUUGGGCAUUCAGAAUCUACCGGACGUAAUUGCAAUUGCCCUGAAAACCCCCAAGUAGCGAGAGCUUUUGUCAUUGAUAUGACCAAGCGUGGUAGCUAUGAUCUUUAUUGGAUCGAUCCGUGGGUUCAUCACAUAAUUGCUGCCGAUAUGGACGGUUGCAAAUGUAGGAUUGUCGUCGACGCUACCGAAAAGAAGAAGUACGGGUUUACACCCAUGUCGAUCACUGUCGACAGCCGAUACGUCUACUGGUUCAAUUCGACACAAAAAGAAAUAUUUUAUACGACCAAACAUCAAAAGACUAGAAUCGAAGAGAGGAAAACCGCUUAUGGAUAUAAAAUCAUGGCUCUAGAUCCGGGCAAUCAACCGUACCCACGGAUGGAGUGCUUAGUUCCAAAAAUACAACAUUUGAGACCUAGAGUUAUAUCGAACUCGGCGAAUAGUAUUACUUUACAUCUACCGCCUGUAGAAAAACCAAACCGAUGUCACAACCUACAAUAUGAAAUGUCGACAACGGAAUAUACAGUUCUUUACCGGAUUCAAAUGAAGAAUGAUACCUCGAUAUGUGAUAAAGAAUCUUGUCCUUACGUCACCACCACAAAUACAAAUGUUGUGAUCAAUGACUUGAAACCGUUUACAAACUACACAGUAAUUUUAGAAGCGACUAAUUACUACGCGAAGUUGAACAAAGAUAAACCUCUCGUUGGCAUACCCUUAGUUUUGCAAACCGCUGCUGAAGCGCCAACUGCUCCUAAAGACGUGACGGGCAUGGUGUUAAGUCCAGUACUUGCUCAUGUGGAAUGGAGACCAGAUCCCGGGCUCUCGUAUGAGGUCCAUUGGAGGACAGAAGACUCGCCCUCUUUACUGCCACAUAAAUUAAAAGAACACAACACGUUCGAAGUAUCGGAAGGUCGAAGCGCCAAUUUAACCCGUUUAUCACCAAGUACAUCAUACACAGUGUGGGUUCGAGCCCGGUCUAAGCACAGCGCAGUCAGCGCUGACUCCGCCCCGCUCCGCCUGCGUACAUACCCCCCACCUCCUGUGCUAGCACUGAAAAAUGUUACGCCAUAUGAAAUACAUGUACUUUGGCCUCCACCGACGACUUACCAAUUGCAUCAGUUCAAAGUGGAAUACACAGAAGCGACUCCGUCAGGCAGUUCUUGGAAGGCGUGUGACCGCGACGAGAGAGACAUUUGGUCCGCUAAAGACCUGCGGCCUCGUACCCGCUACCGCUUCAGAAUACGGCUGCAGUACGUCGCGAAAGCACCGCCCUAUUACUGGCCUCAUGACGACCGCUUCACUUUCGAAACUUUAGGAGAUGUGCCAGGUCCCCCAGGCCCGCUGCGUGUUGAAGGCGUCGGCGACCGAGUGUUACGCGUGUGGUGGACCGAGCCCGACCCCCGCGGCUCUUCUAUCAUAGCGUAUCGAGUGUGGGGCCGGCCACAACACAGGAUUGCCCAAAGUAGCGAAAACAUUACUAAGAACCUGAGUGAAUUACUACCGGCGAACCUGCCAUCAGAUAUUGACGACAAAAUGAAAAUGCGUAUCGCAAAGGAAGGACUCGAGCUACUUCAUAAUGGAACUGAAACCUACUGGCUGCUAAGCGGCGGUUCAGUGGGUGCGGGCUGGGUGGCUCGCGUCCAGGCCCGCAACGAGCACGGCUGGGGCGCGUUGUCCCCUCCGGCGGACUUGGACGCGGCGGCGCUGGCCCCGCACCGUCCGCCCGCAGCCGCACUCGCACUGGCCUUGCUAGCGCUCUUAGCGUUGUUACUGGCUGUCGCUGCUGCUGUGUUUUAUGCGUACAACAGUCGGGCUAGAAAGAAGGCAGCUAUCGAGAAUCAAAUCCCCACAAAUCCAUCAAGAAGAGGUCCUGACGUGGAACUUGCAACCUUACGACAACUACCGACAAGACAUUCUACCAACAUACUUUACAAUCAGGGAGUCCAUUGCCCUACCGACGCAGAGCUGGCAAGUUUACCCCACAUUCGCCGAGAGCAAAUAACACUGAGCAAGUUUCUGGGGUCCGGCGCAUUCGGCGAGGUAUUCGAAGGUGUUGCCAGACAGAUCAACGGCAGUACUGCUGAUACCAAAGUGGCUGUCAAAACAUUACGCAAGAGCGCAACCGAGCAAGAGAAGACUGAGUUCUUGAAGGAAGCGGCGCUCAUGUCCAACUUCAAGCACGAGCAUAUCCUGCGCUUGUUGGGAGUGUGCUUGGACAAUGACCCCAACUAUAUCAUAAUGGAACUCAUGGAGGGAGGCGACUUACUCAGUUACUUAAGGGCAAAAAGGGUUUCACUGUACACCCCUGAGUCUCUAACCCUACUGGACCUACUGAACAUGUGUGUGGACGUGACCAAGGGUUGUCGUUACUUAGAAGAGAUGCACUUCGUUCACCGCGACCUCGCCUGCCGCAACUGCUUGGUCGCUCAUCGUGCGAACGGCAGAGUUGUCAAGAUCGGAGACUUUGGUCUCGCUAGAGAUAUUUACAAGAAUGAUUAUUAUAGAAAGGAAGGGGAAGGUUUACUGCCAGUGCGAUGGAUGGCAGUAGAAUGUCUUGUAGAUGGCGUGUUUUCUUGCCAAUCUGAUGUUUGGGCGUGGGGAGUGCUAUGUUGGGAGGUGUUAUCCUUGGGGCAGCAGCCAUACCCCGCUCGCACAAACCGGCAAGUGUUGUCGUACGUGCGAGCAGGAGGGACGCCUGACCGCCCGCCCAACUGUCCAUCGGCCUUCUACGACUUACUGCAGAAGUGUUGGAGCUACUCAGCAGAAGCCCGGCCUUCGUUCCGUCACUGCCUGGAGGUGGUGCGAGCGUUACGCGACAAGACCUCGCCCAACAUCACGCUUACCGCCACGCCCACACCCGCGCCGCACUACCUCACACUACUGGGAGACGAUGCCGUCGACAACCGCACCUACCUAUUGGACGAGAAUGACAACGCCUGCUUAGAUGAAGACUUCCCUGAGCACCACAUGGAGCCGUCUCGCCUGCUGCCGGAGCGCGCGCCCAAGUACUUGGAGCUGAUGUACGACAGCGACUCCGCGCCGCCCACCAUCGACGGGUACGAGGUCCCGCGCGCGCCCAUCACCUACAUGCCGCCCUUCUCCAGGCACAGCAUAGUGGGCGUCGCACCCAAUAGACUGAUCAAACCACCGCUCUACAGAACACAUUCCUUACGAACGCACACGCGGCCGCCUAACGCCACUAUCAUUCCCUUACGGAAUGGUAUAGUGAAGCGAGCGUCGCUCUGCGAAGAAAUCAGCGCGCGAGAACCAAGAGCAAGCUCUUCUCGACAACACCCGCGUGUUGAAUUUGAGUUUGACAAACACUUAUUUAAGACUCCAUUUUGAACUGUGAUAUUAGAAAAAAUAUGAUGCAAUGUGUACAUUUUUCCACCGAUAGAGGAUGCCGUAGAAUUUAGGUGAAUAUUUAAUAUUAUUUAUUUUCACUAGAUUACAAUGUAAAUAGAGGUGAAUGAAUUCGUUGUACAUAUUAGUAUAAGCUGUGGUACGGCGAUAAUCGCGACUUUAGGGUACAUUUAUACAAGAUAACAUGUAAAUGCAUUUAUUAAAAAUCAUUAAAUAAAUAUAUUGCCUUACGA